AUGGAAGUGUGGAUGCAUUGGGUUCAGAAGCUUUGUGACUCGCUGGUUAAAGUGGAAGAGGCCCAGUGUCCCUUCCGUGUUUGGACCAAGGCGCUUGAUCCAGUAGGUCUUACUAUUCGGCCAUGUGUCGGUGUACAGCCCUCGCCGUUUGCCGUCAUUGAAAUUCAUCCCCUUUUGCUUCAACAUCGCAUUCAAAAGGUGGUCGACCUCUUGAAGCUUCUGCGACGCAACAAUCCCCAGGGUGCAAAUCUGACCCUUUUCAUUCAAGACUGUAAAGAUCGCUUUGCCACCUUCCAAUCGAUAGUUCUUCAGAGUCUCAAAGGAUCGAAUCCUGAGCGUAUCUGA